UUGCUCACCACUAGGAAAUCAGUUUCUGUCUGAAUCUGCCAGACUUUCUUGAUUUUUUAAAAAUAUAUAUAUCAUUUUACAAAGAACCGCUUAUACGUUUAUCCUGCUGGGAAUCACCUACACGUCUCUGAGAUAAUCUUUCCUUCCACUGCGGUUUUUAUUGCCUUUGGGAGUUACUUCUGGCCGUAAAAGGUGAAUGAGUAAACUGUCUACAGACCAUAUUGGGGCCCAAGGCCACCAGUAGAGACAAGAAAGCAAAAUGUCGGGGCACGAUGCGAGCAGAAUGAGUGCCAAGGCUUUAUAUGAACAACGGAAGAAGUAUUCCAACGACAAUGUUAUCAAGCAAGAGACAUCACAGUACCACGUGGAGCACAUUGCCACAUUUUCGAUGGACAAGAGCGAGGCCGUUGUGACCAUAGACGAUGCCAUCAAGAAGCUGUUUCACCUGGAUUCCAAGGGGAAGGUGUGGACCCAAGAGAUGUUACUCCAGAUCAAUGAAAACGUGGUCAGAUUGCUGGACUGUGAAAGUCAGGUUGAACUGGAGAACUUCCCCCUGAACACGGUGCAGCACUGCCAGACGGUUCCCAACCAUUCCAAAUACCCGUCAAUCUUACUCCUCGUGUGCCAGGACCCAGAUCAGUAUAGACCUGAUAUACAUUUCUUCAACUGUGACGAAGUGGACGCGGACAUGAUCCACGCUGAUGUCGACAGCGCAAUUUCUGACUGCAAACACGGGCGAAAAAUGCGGCCUCAGACUUUGAAGGUGAAUCAGGAGAAAAUGAAGAAACAGCGAGAGACCAUAAUCCCCGCUCACCCUCAGGGAACCGCACCUGCCACUUCUCCCGGCAUCGUCAGUAGCCGGGGACUUAUUCGAAGUGACCAAGUGGACUUUGACCGGAGAAGCGUGAACUCCCAGGAAUACGAGGAAUCUCCUAUAAUCCUGGCCCAGAGGGUUGAGAAAGAUGUGCAAAUGCUCAAUUGCACGCUGGACGACAUUGAGUUCUUCAUCACCAACCUACAGAAAUCUACACAGGCCGUCGCCCAGCUGAACCAGAGGAAAAAAGCCAAGAAAAACAAAAAGAAAGCCCCAGCAGAGGGAAUGCUGACUUUACGAGCCAGGCCUCCAGUGCUGGCAGAGUUCACUGACUGCCUACAGAAAAUCAAGCUGGCCUUCAAUCUGCUGGCUAGACUAAAGAAGCACAUCCAGAACCCUAACGCAGUGGAACUGACUCACUUUUUGUUUGGUCCACUCGAGAUGAUGUUAAAGACUAUAGGAGGACCAGAGUUGCCUGCAUCCAUUGUCAAUCCCCUGCUCUCCAAAGAAGCUGUGGAGUUUCUAAGGAGUCACUUGUCCCCCAAAGAGAUAACACUGUGGGAAAUGCUGGGCGAAUGCUGGACGAGAUCCAGAGCGGACUGGCCCAUGGAGAACAUUGUCCCGCCGUACAGGCCCAAGUUCAGGAAUGGCUGGGAGCCACCUCACGACCACUUCCGAGGGGUUCCCUGGGAGAUGGAGCCAGAGCUCGCCGCCGGCCCCGGCCAUGGCCCUGGCCCCGGCAUGGGCGACGUACAACGUAUGCCAGAGGGCAUGAGGCGUUACUCUGAGGAGUCAAUGCCACCUGCUUACGUUCCACCCAACGGGUUUCCUUCCCGCAACACCUCGCUCAAGAGAGGUCAAGCCCUUGAGCAGAAUCCUCCGGUGGAUUCCUACAGACACAACCUCACUCGGCGUGAUAGUCGAAGCUACGAUGCGCCAGUCCCCCCGCAGGCAAAGAAACUUGUUCGGGUGAUAUAUGACUUUGUGGCAAGAAAUUCCAGCGAGCUUUCUGUCAUGAAGGAUGAGAUCCUGGAGAUGCUGGAAGAUCACAAAACCUGGUGGAAACUGAAGAGCAAGUUUGGGGAAAUUGGCAUUGUCCCAAGUAAUAUGCUGGAUAUUGUGAACAUAGAUGAGAUUUCUGCCCAGCCUGAGCAGCAUUACAGCCAAGGCCAGCCGAAUCAGUGGUACAAAGGAGAGCCUGGUGUCAGAGGCAUGGGGCCGAGCAGCCCAGGUCCCUUCACGGGCCACGUAAGGCAGGGAAGCUAUGAGCUGCCAGGAAUAAUCAGCAAGCCUAUGUCACGGGAAAAACAGAUGUUCAACCAGAUGGAUGAAGUGAAUGACGAGUUGCUGCAUUUAAUCACCUCCAACAAAACCAAGCCACAGGCCCGGAAUUUCCACCUCCCAAAGCAAUCAUCUGUGUCUGUGCCCUUCAGCUACGAGUCCAGUGCUGAGGAGGUCAAAGCCUGGUUAGAUGCAAAAGCCUUCAGCAAACCGACGACAAUGAGUCUGGGGGUACUCACAGGGGCACAGAUCUUUUCCCUGAACAAAGACGAGCUGCGGAUGGUGUGCGGAGAAGAAGGCGGCCGUGUGUACAGUCAAAUCCAAGUACAGAAGGCAGAGCUGGAUAAGCACCGAGGAGAGUCGGAACUGGAAGAAAUCAUGAAGCGAAGGCAGGAGAGGAUUGACUCUACUGAUGAUUAGGCUCUCACCGCAGUUCACUUUGGGAUUGGAAAAUAAAGCAGACAAAUGAGAACUGCUAAAAUAAGAAUAAUUUUGUGGAUUUUAUUCCUGUGUUUUUUUUUAAAAGGGAAAAAACAAAACUACUCUGUUCAGUACCUGCACAGUGCUUUGUCAGCAGUCGUGUGGUUGACAUGAACUAUUAAUUUUAUGUACCAUAUAUAUAUGCAUGCAGCUGUUAUAGUGUAAGUCUGAACAAUCGUUGCCAAACACGGAAGCCAAGUGAACACAGAAUGAAUGCUGUUUUUGCUCAAUCCUAGUGAGAUCACCCAUUGCAGCCUUCUCUAGCUCACAGCCCAAUUUAAACCUUUAUAUAAUAAAUCAUGUGAUGUUGUGUAACGUUCUGCUAUUGAAAACAAUUGGUGAAGGAAAAUGCACAAUGGGUUGAAAUAAGCUUUUCACUUUCUCAAAUACUGAUUGUUGCUUUGUUCUGUAAUUAUUAUUGCCUUCGGAUAUUAACUCGUCAAUAAGCCUUAGCCUUGGGCAAUUUUUAUGAAUGACAUAUGGUCCAAUGUACAUCCUCUAUAAAACAAACACAUAGUCCACUACACAUCUCUAUGCUACAGAUGCAUUGUCCGAUAUACAUCACAUAGAAUGAUGAACACACACAUUUCACUAGGCACCCUACAGACUGACACAUGGUCUAAUAGACACCCUGACACAUGGUCCAAUAUACAUCCUACAUACUGACCCACAGUCUAAUCAACACUCUGUUGAUUGACACACUAUCAACUAUACACCCUAUAUAGACUGACACACAGUUCAAAAUAUAUUCUAUUGACUAACACACAGUCCAAUAGAUACCCAAUAGAUUGACACAUGGUCCAAUACCUAUAGUGUAACACAUGGUGUAGACACCCUAUUGUACUGAAAUUAACCUACAAACACAGUCAUUACACUUCUCAGUAAAAACCACUAAUAAAUACACAAAUAACCACUCGGAGCAUAGCAGAGCGUAGCAGCUGACUGACAAAUACAGUGUAAAACAUACAGCAAAACAUGGGCCAGAACAUCCAUUUCAGCCCCUGCUUAUAUUCCUCGAAAUGGGAGACCUUAGAUGGUCCAAGGUUGUAAACUAAAUUUGAAGUCAACAAUGGGGACUUUAGGGCACAGUUAAUUUGAACCCUAAAACUCUUAUUUCCCUGCUCGGUGAUCCCUGCCAUGUUUGUCAAACGCUUUGAGUCAUUCUUUUACAUGAAAAGCUUAUAUAAAUGCAAGUGGAUAUUGUUGUUUUCUGAUUUUGGUUUAUUGCUCACUCUUCGUUCCUUAAGUCCCAUCGUUACUAGCCGAGCAUUUGCCUACAAACACACAGCGGCUCCACUUUACAGUUAAUCCUGUGAAGCGCUUUGAGACGUCCAUCUCACUAUAUUAAAUCCAAGGCUUAUUGUUAUUAUUGAGGAAUAAUAAUGAAUUAGAGAUGCAUUAAAUGUGUAUUUUGACAAGAGUUGAAUAUCAAGACUAACUUGGUCUUUUCAAGUCUGCUUUUGAGUUUGAAAUCUGGUUAGAGGUGAUUUGUGAUGUAAUGUAAUCAGUUUAGACAGAUCUUUCGAAGUCUGGUUCUGCAAACAUAUUGUCAUUGCCUCAAGUUGGUGUAUUAUGUUUAAAACUGGAUGUGAAUGUUUAUAACAUAGUUUUUGGUACAUAGUCAGAACGUUUUCCUAGUUUCACCUUAAAUAUUGCAGAUUUCCCCCUGAAAUAUUCCUUGUUCCAAAGUGAAAAGAAUCCAAUUUCUUAUUCCUAAUGAAACAUGAGAACAGUGUUAAUCUGAUUUAAACUGGAGAACGGGUUGAGAGAAGAUGCAAUAUAGUCCAACAAGGAAUAAAGGAAUGAGUACGCUUUCUAUCUCUUUUCACAAGUCAGGAUUUUCUACCCAGAUUUUCUUUCUGAUGUGUUAAAAGUCCUGUGGGACUCACUCAGCUGAGUUCUAUUGACUUAGAAUCAGAAGGUUUUACAGUUGAAUCCUAGUGGUUCCUCACAGCCCUCACUCAACCUUUCAAAGCUGAUGAGAUGAAUACUGUGUCUAAUUGCGACAAUCCUAUCCAAACAUGUACUGUAUCACAGAACUUCUCCAUGUUUCAUGCUGGUGAGCUGCUCGUGUUAAUUCUACGUUGACGUGUGUUACUGUGGCUUUUAGCUGUAAUGGGAAGGAGAGCAGCCACUUUGCUUUGACCUUGGUGAAUUAAACAUUUAGACAGAGUGCAAGUGACAUUGCCAGAUCUCUCUCCGCUAUCGCCGCCGCAGGCAGUAAAUUAUCGGCCUGGGAGCAUGUAAAUCUCCAAGAGGUCUUUGUUGUGUGUAUGUGUGUGUGUGUGUGUGUGUGCGUGAGUGAAUAUAUAACUGAGACCAUUGUCCAUACUAUUGGAGCACAAAAGUCUUUUUGUCCAUUGUUGUAGUGUCUGGUAAUGGCUACAAACAUUUCUUGAGGUUCUGUGAGCCCAGGCUAUAACGAACAGAAUUUAUUAUCUAUAUAUACACAAUUUAAAUAAACUGAAUGUAGUUUUCCAGUCCUCAUCUUUUGCAGCUGUAUAGACAUCAGCCUCUGUUUAAUACACCAAGACUGAUUCUGGUCUCAUGGUUUUUCAAUCUGAAAAUCUGUUGAUGUGAAAUCUGCUUAUAAUAAUUAUGUGUUUGAUGCUGUAAGAAAAUAAGCGUUGCUUCAUGCUAUAGACUUUGUCUGGAAAUAAAGAAAGAGGGGUUUCAAACCAAGACUGCAAGAUCAACCGUGCGAGUUUAUAAAGGUUAAAUAGAGGAAUCCCUCAUUUGCUGUGUGGCCGAUCUCAAACAGCUGCAUUUGAAAAAAGUGCUGAGAUACAGAACACGCAGAGUACUUUCCUUGAGUUUUAUUUUUUAACGAGAAAACCUUUGUAGUUAUAAAAAUUAUGAACAUAUUUCGUGAAAUAAAGACGCCUAGAAAUUAGAAAGUUAA